GCGAGUGAGGGAAGCAGCAGCGGCUCUCGGUCAGUGUUGCGAGAGGAAGCGAGGGUGGAGGUCGUCGCUCUAUGUCUCCUCUCUCUAUCCCUACUUCGUGAACUGGUGGGCUUUGUUCCAGUGUUGUCAUUAAGCCCACAAAGCAAGAUGUUGGAAAGUGCAUCUCCAGUAACCCAAGCUCUGCUGGGAACCCUACUGACAUGGGGCCUCACUGCUGCUGGGUCUGCUGUGGUGUUCCUGCUUGCUGGAACUAAGCGAAAAGUACUAGACAGCAGUCUAGGCUUUGCUGCAGGAGUUAUGACAGCUGCAUCAUUUUGGUCACUUCUGGCACCUGCCAUAGAACUUGCAGAAUCCUCAGGAAGUUAUGGUAGUGAAGGGGAAUGGGCUUUUGUACCUGUGGCAGUUGGAUUUGUUCUUGGUGCUGCCUUUGUUUAUGCAGCAGACGUGUUCAUGAGUUCAACUGGCAGUCAUUCACCUAACUUUGCCCUUGCAAUGCAGUCAUCUGUGAAGAAGACAGAUGGAGAUGAUGCAAGAAUACCAUAUACAUCAGCAAAUAACUUCAGCAAUGCAAAUUUCAGCGAAGUAGGGCAAGGCUCCAGUUCUAAUGCUUUCACCUCUAUCAACUUCAAUGAUGUUAAACAAAGGAGAGGAGAUCCAGGAGAAAAGGCCACUCAGUCUUAUGAAGAGAGCAGUGUUGAUCAGGAAAGAUAUGAUAAAAACUUGCAGUGGAGGAGAAUCUUACUCCUCAUUAUUGCUAUAACAGUACAUAACAUUCCAGAAGGCCUGGCAGUUGGUGUAGGCUUUGGUGCAAUUGGCAAGACUCCACUUGCAACCUUCAACAAGGCAAAAAAUCUAGCCAUAGGUAUUGGCAUUCAAAAUUUCCCUGAAGGCAUGGCAGUUAGUCUACCACUAAGAGGAGCUGGGCAUCCUGUGUGGUGGGCAUUUUGGUAUGGUCAACUAAGUGGGAUGGUUGAACCAAUAGCAGGUGUUCUUGGAGCUAUUGCAGUGUCAGUGUGUGAGCCAGUGCUACCUUACGCUCUAGCAUUUGCAGCAGGGGCCAUGUUAUUUGUUGUAAUAGACGACAUUAUACCAGAAGCACAAACUGGAGGGAACAGCAGACUAGCUUCAGGAUGGUACAUUAUUGGCUUCAUUGUUAUGAUGACCCUAGAUGUUGCCUUAGGGUAAAACCAUUGUAAUUUUAUAAUAGUUCUAGUUAACUGACAUCUACAACCCAAGGGUCAGUUUGUAAACAUUAUCCAUCAGACACACACAUUUUUUUUUUCCAAUAAUAAUUUUUAGUUAUCUGAAUACUAAGACAAAUCAUAGCCAAAGAUCUGUUCAUGAGGUAAAUUUUGGACAAAAAUAAGUCAUCAUAUGAGAAUGAUUGUAUUAUAAAGAAUGAUUUUAAGUAAAUGAGAAAUAUUAUUGCUGGGUGUUAUGUUUGAUCUAAAGUAUUAUGUUUAUGACCAACAUUCCAGAUUUUUUGGCAUUAUGGUGUAUUUUUCUUUAGUUAUUGAAUGUCUCUGUCAUGUUUUGCUUCCUCAGACAAGGUAAUAUUUUUUGUUAAGAUGGAUUAGUUUCACCUGUUUAUUGUUUUUACAUUUUAUAAAUGUAAGGAAUUACUUUAAAAUGGAAAAUAUUCUUGCAUAUGUAAGCUGAUUUUCUUUUUUCUUCUUUUUUGUGUGUAAUAUAUAUAUACUACAUAUAUCAUUAUUAUUAUUUCUCCAGUUGUUGUAUCAUACCACUAUUGGCACAAGAUUAGGAUAAAAACAAAUUGGAAAGGUAUAUUGUUUGAAAUGACUGCUUUGGUUGUGACUUGAUUAUUUCAAUUAUAAGUUAUAAGUAACAUGAUUAUUCCUCUUCAACAAGUGAUCAUGGAGUCACUCAAUAAAGUACUUUCAGUUUUUUUUAUAUUUUCUUAUUUAUUCAUUUGUAGUCAGGGAGAUAAGUACCUAAUACUUGCUGCUGUCUUUUUUAUAUGAUGUUCAUGUGUGCACAAAUAUUGGAUUGUGUCUGUGGAGAUGUACGUGUGUGUUUGCGUUGGUUGUCAAAAAUGGUGCCAUUUUUGUCUCUUUGUGUUUGAUAAGUACUCCUGUAGCUUUACAGAUUUUUGGUACUGUAUGUUAAAUUAUACUGUGUAAUUGAGCAGGACCUAAAGUUUUGCACAUUUUACAUUGCAAUUUCUCAUUUUUUAUUUGAAAUAUUACUUUUGGUCAUUUAUUUAUAUUUCAUACUGAAUGUCAGUUUACAAUAUGGCACUGUAAAAUAAAACCGAUAUCUUUUGACAGUGAAGUUAAACAAGUGUAGUUUAGCAUAUAAACUCAUUGUUCAGGUCGAGUUUGUAAUACCCAGGUUUUGAAAAUUUGGCAUAAAUAUACUCACAUAGAACAAAUUGCUAUGGAAGUAUAUAUAUGUUUAUAGUUUAUAUUUAAGGGUGUACCUUUGUUAUUUCUUUUGUCUAAUAAUGUGCAAAAAAUUUAAAAAUUAGAACCAUAUUAAUAACACAACAUCCUGGAGAAUCACAAGUGUGGUAAAUGUCUUUCAGAUAGUAAUAAUUUUAUAAUAAUUGUUAUUAUUUUUAACAUAUAUGAGUAGAGAUUAUUGACAGGGUACUUUAGAAUAUUUAUUUGUUUGUUUGGUCAGUUUGUGGCCUUUGAAGGUUGUUUUGGAAACUUGUUUAAACAAUUCCUAAGUGCAUUUAAUUAUGGAGUCGCUUGAAAGCUGUUCUGCUGGACAUGUCAUUCAUUAUAUAAUGCUGCAUUUUUCUCUCUUUUCUUUAAAGUCAUUCAUGGUCUUACAGAAAGCAAGUUAGUGAUACCUUUUUAACAGACAUAUAUUUAGAUCUUUGUUUGUUGGUGAAGGAAAGUGCUUGGGCUGUAGAUUUUGUGUGAUUGUAUAAUUUUCAUAUUUUGAAUUGUUAUUAU